UUUUCCCUUUUUUUCCCAGGGGUCACACAGUGAAGGCUGUGUGUGAAUCCUUCCACCUGGCCAAGGAUGCUGGGUUCAAGGUUGUGGCCCACAUGAUGCCAGACUUGCCCAACAUGGGGCUGGAGAGGGACAUGGACCAGUUUUAUGAGUUUUUCGAGAACCCCGCGUUCCGCCCCGACGGGCUGAAGCUGUACCCCACGCUGGUGAUCCGCGGCACGGGGCUGUACGAGCUCUGGAGGACGGGGCGCUACCGCAGCUACCCCCCCAGCACCCUGGUGGAGCUGGUGGCCAGGAUCCUGGCCCUGGUGCCGCCCUGGACGCGCGUCUACCGCGUGCAGAGGGAUAUCCCAAUGCCUCUGGUCAGCUCUGGGGUGGAGCAUGGGAACCUGAGGGAGCUCGCCCUGGCCAGGAUGAAGGACCUGGGGACACAGUGCCGUGACGUGAGGACGAGAGAGGUUGGAAUUCAGGAAAUCCACCACAAAGUGAGGCCAUACCAGGUGGAGCUGAUCCGUCGGGACUACGUGGCCAACGGGGGCUGGGAGACGUUCCUGUCCUACGAGGACCCGGAGCAGGACAUCCUGGUGGGGCUGCUGCGGCUGCGCCGUUGCUCCCCGGCCGCCUUCCGGCCCGAGCUGCGCGGCGGCGUCUCGGUGGUGCGCGAGCUGCACGUCUACGGCAGCGCCGUGCCCGUCAGCAGCCGCGACCCCAGCAAGUUCCAGCACCAGGGAUUUGGAAUGCUGCUGAUGGAGGAGGCAGAGAGGAUCGCCAAGGAGGAGCACGGGGCACGGAAAAUCGCUGUGAUUUCAGGUGUCGGCACCAGGAAUUACUACAGGAAGAUUGGCUACGAGCUGGAAGGGCCCUACAUGGUGAAAAGCUUGGAAUGAUGAUCCUGGAGAUCCUCAUCCUGGAAGAAUGAGAAGGACACAGCGCUUAUCCUGGGAAUAAUGCUUAUCCUGGGAAUAACGCUUAUCCUGGGAAUAACGCUUAUCCUGGGAAUAAACCUUAUCCUGGGAAUAAUGCUUAUCCCAGGACUUGCUUCUGCUGGAGCCCACAGCCACAAAAAGCUCCAGAGUUGGACUUGGUGAUCCUGGUGGUCUCUCCCAAUUCCACAGGGCAUCGUCUCCUCUGGGAAGAGCAGCCCUGGAUCGCCCCAUUCCCCCUGGAGAUUCUGGGGACAUUCCAGGUGUCCCAUCACCUGCAUUAGUCCCACCCUAUCCUCAGGAUGGGCUUCAGUGGUUGUGUUUGAGGGAUGAAAUUUCAGGAUUUGGGGACACUUUGGAGCUGCUGGGUGUGGAAAAUGCCUCUUUCCUGAUGCUGUCAGCUUUUAUUGGUUCUGCAUUAAAACUGGGCCUGUUAUUCUGGACAGGAAUAAAUUUUGUGCUUAUUUAUUUA